AUGAAAACUCGUCGAAAUCGCAGUGAAGUAGAAAGAGAGCUUGGAAUUUUGUUUUCCAAAGGGGGAAAGAGGAGAAAUCACUCCAAGCAGUCCGGGACUGGUAACAAAUUUCAGAUGCUUGUUGAGGAUGUUCGAGAGGGCAUACUUGUCUUCGAACUCCUUCGUGAGCAACUGUGGUACAGACCCAACUCUGGUAUAUAUAUCAAGCUAAUUGUCAUGCUUGGAAAAUGUAAGCAACCUGAGAAAGCUCAUUCCUUAUUUCUGGCUAUGAUUGACGAAGGCUGCAGUGUGAACCAUGAAGCAUACACUGCUCUUUUGUCUGCCUACGGUCGAAGUGGUCUUUUCGACAAAGCAUUUUCUAUCCUUGAACAAAUGAAGAACAGUCAUGACUGUCGACCUGAUGUCUUCACAUACUCAAUCCUCAUAAAGUCUUGCCUGCAGGUUUAUGACUUUGACAGAGUGCGUGAUUUGCUUUCUGACAUGGCAGUUCAGGGAAUCAAGCCCAACACAAUCACAUACAAUACUCUCAUCGAUGCCUAUGGAAAAGCAAAGAGGUUCACAGAAAUGGAAUCCACUCUUGUACAAAUGCUUCGGCUGCGAGAAUGUGAACCCGAUGCAUGGACCAUGAACUCCACCUUGCGAGCUUUUGGUGGCAGUGGGCAGAUAGAUAUGAUGGAAAAGUGCUAUGAGAAAUUUCAGAGUGCUGGGAUUGAACCGAACAUCAAGACGUUCAACAUACUCUUAGAUUCCUAUGGGAAAACUGGAAAUUAUGAGAAAAUGAGUGCUGUGAUGGAAUAUAUGCAGAAAUAUCACUUCUCGUGGACACUGGUAACUUACAAUAUAGUCAUAGACGCGUUUGGUAGGGCCGGGGAUUUGAAACAGAUGGAAUUUUUGUUUCGGCUGAUGCAGUCUGAGAGGAUAAAACCUAAUUAUGUUACUCUUUGUUCACUUGUAAGAGCUUAUGGGAAUGCUGGGAAAGUUGAAAAAAUUGAAGCUGUUCUUCGAUACAUCGAUAAUUCAGAUGUUAUGCUCGACACUGUGUUUUUCAACUGCUUAGUGGAUGCUUAUGGGAUGAUGGGAUGCUAUGCUAAGAUGAAAGGGGUGCUUGAGAUGAUGGAGAGAGGAGGAUGUAAGCCUGAUAAGAUUACUUAUAGAACCAUGAUAAAAGCUUAUUCAAUAGGUGGAAUGACCAGCCAUGCCAAGGAGUUCCAGAAUAGACUUGCUUCACUAUAA